UUGCGCCUGAACCUUGAAAGUUACACGAGCCUAGACGUGUACUUACAAUGCGAAAACACAAUGUUUCGCGCCAGUGCCUCUUGGGUCCGAUUCGCUACGCGAUCGAAAGAUUCGAAACCCGUCCCAGCCAGACCAUUUUGCACCCCCACCACCAGCGGCAGCAACACCACCAAACCCCCAAGCAAUAACAACAGCAGUAUCAGUGAAAACAAUGCUGUUGAAUCGAGUCCAGGUAAUUAUGACGAAGCGUAUAAACAGCUGGACAAGCUCGACUUCGCGACUGCCUCUAAGAUCCUCUUCACCGAUCCUCCCAAGAGAAAGAAAUUUGGGGUUGAUUUCCAUCUGGUACAACUCUUCUUUGCCUGUAUGCCUUCCUUGGCUGUAUAUUUGGUGGCUCAAUAUGCUCGCUAUGAAAUGAGAAGAAUGGAAGCUGAAUUGAGCAAAAAAAAAAAGCAAGAAGAAGAGAAGGAAAAAGAAAUGGAAUUAAGUGUUAUAGAAGGAAAAGAACCGAUAUCUGAUCCAGAGCUUUUGGAGAUGAAAGUGAGACUGGACAAACUUGAGGAGGCAGUAAAAGGAAUUGCUGUUGAAACAAAGAAACAGACCAUCAGCAGCGUAUCCAAAAACGGGGGAGACGGUAGUGAGGAAAGGAAUCUUGCGACAACUGGGCCACCUGACACCAAAAGUGGAUCAGAACCAAGCAAGAUUGUAGAGAGCGAUCAUCUCAAUAAACAGGAUCGACCUUGGUUGGGCCGAGAGAGGGUGAGUGGGUCAGCACCAGUUCCUGAUGCUUCCUUGCAGGAUCAGAAGGGCAAGACCCAAAAUUAAUGGAGGACCUUCUCAAGAUGCUUGGACAUGAAUAAAAAAGCUUCUUCAGCUAGUGUAGAUAUAAAAGCGCAGAGGUUUUGUUGUGUCUUAGACAUAGCAUGCACCUGACUCAGUAUGAGUAUAUUCUUGAAAAGCCACUAAUUUAUUGGCAUGAAAGUGGGAUGAGGAUCAGGACUGAUGGGUGACACAGAGGUAUGUUGAUCAACAAAUUCAAUUGCUUGUUAGUUGAAAUUUGUAGGCGGCUGAAUGUUCUCUUGUUGGGGGCUUUCUCUGCUGGCAAUAUGGAAGAAAUAUUUGAUUUGUGAAUGCCAUGGGGAGUUCAAUUUAGAUGCAUUACAUUGCCUACAAAUGUGUCUUCUUGUUUUCAGAGUGUGGUAUCUAUUUGCUUCGUUUGCAUUUCU